AUGCCAGGCUUCAAACUUAAGAAAGGUGACAAAGUAAAAAUAGAAAUACCUAAACGCGACCCAUAUGAAAAUACUAUUGACUAUGACAACAAUGGGAACUCGACAGGUACUCACAUUCGUGUUCGUAAAAAUAGAAGAAAGUAUACAAGAGAAUAUUAUGAAGUUUUAGGCAAACAUGGCAAAAUGUACAGACUGCAAGCAGAAGAUAAAACUACUAUUGUCAGACCUCGUUUCAAACUUGUUAAGGUUCAAGGUGGUAUACUUUCAAAGACAGUUCCUAACAAAUAUAAGACAACUCCUGACGAAUAUGCUAAAGAAGUUGAAAAUGACGACUAA